AUGCCUAGCUUUUCACUUGGACUUGGUCUUGGUCUAACACAAGAGUUUCAAGAGAUGAAAGCAGUGAAGACGAACAAGAGAAGAAAGAAAGAAAAGAUGAAAAACUUGAUGAAGAAGAAAGUUAUGAUUCAGAAGAAACAGAAUGACAAUAAUAUCUUGGGAAUUGAAGAUCAUCUAGAAGGAAAAAGAGAUGUAGAAAAAAGAUUAAAAAAACCAUCACUGAAGGUAUCUUCUCCUUAUAAUCAAAAAGAGGUGUUUUUCCCAGUUCAUAAAAAAAAUCACUUUUACAUCAUCUGCAUAAACUUAGAGGAACCGGCGGUUGAUGUCAUUGACAAUAGGAAUUCAGUUGCAAAGUUUUCUAGAGCUUAUCGUGAUGCACCUAAUGAAUUGAAAAUACUUUUUAGUAGGUACUUGAUGAGGGUCAAUCACAAAUCAGCUUUAAUUAUGGAGGGUGUUGAACCAGAAAGGGUGAACAUGAAUUGGUGA